AUGGCAGACCGCGAUCCCGCAACAUUUGGUGGGAUGGAAUUAUUCUUCAUUAUCUACACAUCAGGUUGGUCUUUGGAUCAAUUUUGCUCUAUCCUGGAACACGGAUGGCACGUGUACACCCAGAAUCUCUGGUCAUUCCUCGAUGUCACAUUCGCCGCAAUCUUCGGGUUUUAUCUCGUACUACGCUUGAGGGGCUGGCGCACUGAUAACAUUGGCACUGGUCAACAAGCUCUAGAUGUCCUCGCCUUGGGAGCCCCCGUCCUCGUUCCACGUCUAGCAUUCAACCUCAUGUCCGAAAACAUGCUCUUUAUUUCUCUCCGAGCCAUGAUGCGCGAUUUCACUGUCCUGACCAUUUUAGCUGUAUGGUGCUUUGCCGGAUUUUUGCUUUCCAUGAUAUGGCUUGGCAAUGGUAUUCACGAACCAAUUACUGUCUCAAAAUGGAUGCUCUGGAUAUGGUUUGGACUUGACGGCACAGGCAUUACAACGUCUGCUCAGUUCCAUUGGCUUCUCGGUCCCAUCCUCAUGGUUACCUUCGCAUUUCUUGGCAACACCCUCUUCCUCACUAUCCUCGUAUCCAUGCUCUCGACAACGUUCUCCACCAUCGUCUCCAACGCCACCGCAGAGAUCCAGUUCCGUCGCGCCGUCCUCACCCUCGAAGGAGUGAAAUCAGACUCCUUGUUUGCCUACUUCCCUCCUUUCAACAUCCUCGCACUCUUCGUCCUCAUGCCCCUCAAAUUCGUCCUAACCCCUCGCUGGUUCCAUAAGAUCAACGUAGCAGCCGUGCGUUUCCUCAAUGCUCCGCUCUUACUCCUCAUUGGCUAUUUAGAGCGACGUCAGCUAUGGGCCGGCCCCCGUCGUCAAAAAGAAGCAGAGCAAUUGCCCCGUAUCCCACCCCGUCCCCGAAUUUGGGAUUUCUCAAGAGGCUUCAGCGUUCAUGGCGAUUUACAAGCAGUGUUUGAAGUGGAGCCUCCUAGUGAUAUCGCAAAUGAAAUUGAGAUCGAGGCGGCUAAUGACGUUCCGCAUGAACGGAAUUUUUUCGAAAAUGAAUUUGCGCGGGAAUUUGAUGCAUCGACGAAAUCGAAGUCGCAACCUGGACAGAAAAAUGUUAAUCCGAGAGAAAACAUGAAGAGGAGAGAUACGGCUAAUAGUUCCAAGAGGAUCAGAAGAGAUUCCGUAGCACCCUUUGCAGGCAUGAGUAUCCCAAAACAUUUGAGGGAUUUGUUGAACGAGGGGAGUAGUGAUGAGGAGGGAGAACAUAUCCGAGUGCGGCUGGGGAAAUUGGAGGAGUGUAUGAGAAGGGUGGAGGGAUUACUCGGGAGGUUGUGUAGGGAACUGGACGGGAAAAGUGCCGACGGGGACACAGGUGGCGAAAGAGAGGGUACGAUUAGCGAUUUGGAUACCAGUGUAGCAGUGGAGUUCUCGGAUGAAUAG